ACGUGUUCGCUAAUGGCACGGGUUCGCGAUUUGGCGGCAGAGUGCCCCGACGGCGGGAGGUAUUGUGCCGCCAGCACGGUGAACUGCCCACUCGUUGAGUCGUUGUUGCUGCGGACCUGCGGUACUCUAUUGAUCCCUAGAUUUCCCAACAAAUAUGGCGGAGGCGGGGGCCGACUCCUCCAACGCGGCCGUCGACGGCGGUGGCGGUAGCGUCCAAAACGACUAUCCCACCAUUGACCCGACCUCGUUCGACGUGGUGCUCUGCGGCACGGGCCUCCCGGAGUCUGUCCUCGCCGCCGCCUGCGCCGCCGCUGGGAAGACGGUCCUCCACGUCGAUCCCAGCCCGUUCUACGGCUCCCUCUACUCUUCCAUCCAGCUCUCCUCCCUCGCCUCCUUCUUAUCCCGUGAGGCCACCCCGCCCACCUCGACCGUGGCAGCGGCCGCCUCCGAUUGGCAUACCGUCGUCGAUCUCCACCGACGGAUCGUGUACUCCGAGGUCGAGACCUCGGGGGCGGCGCCAGAGCCGGCGAGGCGGUUCACCAUUGACCUGGUGGGGCCCCGGGUGCUGUACUGCGCCGAUGAGGCAGUGGACCUCCUCCUGCGGUCGGGGGGCAGCCACCAUGUGGAGUUCAAGAGCGUGGAGGGGGGCAGCCUCCUCUACUGGGAAGGCUGCCUCUACCCGGUGCCAGACUCGAGGCAGGCCAUCUUCAAGGACACCACACUGAAGCUCAAGGAGAAGAACAUCCUCUUCAGGUUCUUCAAGCUUGUGCAGGCGCACAUUGCUGCCGCCUCAGCUUCUGCUGAUGAGACGGGACAGGGGGAUGCACCUGCCAGGAUACUUGAGGAGGACCUGGAUCUUCCCUUUGUUGAGUUCCUCAAGAAACAGGGGCUUCCUCCCAAGAUGAGAGCGGUUGUGCUGUAUGCCAUUGCCAUGGCGGAUUACAAUCAAGAUGGUGCUGACCCUUGUGAAAAAUUGAUUACAACGAGGGAGGGAAUCGAUACCAUUGCUUUGUACUCCUCAUCCAUUGGGAGGUUCGCUAAUGCAGAAGGCACUUUCAUUUAUCCUAUGUAUGGGCAUGGUGAGCUGCCUCAAGCUUUCUGUCGCUGUGCUGCGGUUAAGGGUGCCAUAUAUGUGUUGCGGAUGCCAGUGGUUGCACUUCUUAUGGAUGAGGAAAAGAAACAUUUUGUAGGCGCUAGAUUGGUAUCUGGUCAGGAUAUUUUAUGCCAACAAUUGAUAAUUGAUCCGUCUUAUAAGACUAUCUUGGAUGUCCCAUUUGAUGGUUCAGAUUCUCAUUUUCCAAGAAAAGUUGUGAGAGGGGUAUGCAUAAUUAGCAAGUCCGUGAAACAGGGAUCAUCAAAUGUUCUGGUUAUUUUCCCUCCAAAAUCACUAGAAGAGCAGCAAGUUACAGCUGUUCGACUUCUUCAGUUGAGCAGCAAUCUCGCAGUAUGCCCUCCUGGGAUGUUUAUGUCAUAUCUGUCUACUCCCUGUACCGAUGUCUCAGUCGGAAAGCAAUGCAUAAAAAAAGCAAUAGAUGCUCUUUACAGUCCUCAGGCUUCAGAUGGUUCAGAAGACCAUCUUGAGACAGCCAGUGAAAGCACCGAGGAUGUGAAGCCAACACUAAUCUGGAGUUGUGUGUAUGUUCAAGAGAUCACACAGGGAACAGCUGGUCCUUUAUUGUCAUGCCCUAUGCCCGAUGAAUACCUGGACUACAGAAACAUACUGGGAUCAACAAAAAAGUUAUUCGCAAGUAUCUAUGCUGAUGAAGAGUUCUUGCCUAAAAAGUCAGCUCCUGUAUAUGCCAAUGAUGACUCUGAUUCUGCAGAGUAAAACCAUCUUUCUAGAGGGCUUUAUCAUUUGGUUGGAGAACGCCGUCAGCCCGUCACUGAAAUUCCGAGGGCAAAAGAGCGUCGCAAGGGGAGCCUGUGGGGCUUGAUGAGCAGUUGUGCUGGAUUUCCAAUGUACAGGUGCCCACUGGCUGGCCAUACAUUGCAUUGGUAGGGAACAGUUGGAGGGAGACAUGCUCGGUGCAAAUGGCCUUGUAUGGAUUGGCAAACAUUGUUGUACGCAAGAUCACAGCAAAUACGGGAUACAAAAUGCUGAACGCUCGAUUUGGUCCCCCAAUUUGAACGACAGAGUGUAGAAGGGUAUUCUGAAGACUUACUAGUUAAGUGGCUGAGGGCUGAUUUAGCGACGAGGGAAAUAAAGGUGAUCCAUGAGGAAAAUAGCAAUGAAAUUCCUCCCCCGUGUGGCCAUGUCUCCAUGUGGUCAUUAAACCAGCCCUGAAUGUAUUUUUGGUCGGCCAAAGCGGUGUGUAUAGUAUCUUUCUUUGUUUUUGGUUGUUUCAGGUGAGGUUUUAGUCUUCAGCUCGCAGAAUUGGGCGAUAUUAUUACCCGGCCUAUAGUAUUUUUUUUCUUCUCGCAACCAUUUUUUGUUUGUUGAUGAGUUCUGAGAGUGCAUUGUUUAGUUUUCUACAAGAACAAUCGUAGGACGACACGGGAACAUGGGACUCACUGCUGAAGGUCGGAAGGAUAAGCUUCUUAUCUUGCCCAACCAGAUUCCACGUCACUAUGUCAGUCACGGCUCCCAUCUCUAGUGUUAUUUAUUUGUCCGUACCCAAACUACACCCGCCGAAUGGAUUGGCUAGAGUACGGGGCUACCCAUUUAUUCCUAGAUAUGGGUAGGAUAACAAUAAGUAUUAUUCA